AUGCUGAGCAAAAGUAGUGGUAAAACCUAUCUGUUUAACACAUUUCUGAGUGUUAUCCGAGGAAAAAACGAGGAGGUUCUUCCAUGUGCAUCAACUGGCACUGCUGCAACACUUCUAAAGGGAGGAAAAACCUAUCACUCCCUGUUCAAGCUUACCAUCCCAAUUGAUGAUGGUGCGAAAUCAAAUAUCAGAGGAAACUCUAAAGCUGCACGAGAACUGAUAUCUGCCAAACUCAUCAUAUGGGAUGAGCAAAAUAUGAGAACUGGAGAUGAAAGAGAAUUUGCAAAUUGGCUGUUGCAACUCGGAGAUGGUAAAUUGUCAAAUACAGAUGAAUUACAUCCUGAUACAAUUGAAAUCCCUCAUGAUUUUAUAUCAAAAGGAUCUCUUAUUAGUGAGAUUUUUGGUGAUAAAAUCACCAUGGAACAAGUUCGAGAUAAUCAUGAUCGAGCGAUCCUUUGUUCAAAGAAUGAAGACACGUUUAAAAUUAAUGAUGAAAUCCUUCAUCUAAUGGAAGGAGAGAAAAAGGAAUAUCUCUCAAUUGACUCUAUUAUGAGUGAUGAUCCACAAGAGCAAUUGAAUUUUCCGACUGAAUUUUUAAACUUUGUGACAUUUUCUGGGAUGCCAGUUCAUCAACUCAAAAUAAAAGUCGGUGCUACAAUUAUCCUGUUAAGGAAUUUGAAUACAAAAAAAGAACUAUGCAAUGGCACAAGAUUUAUUGUUACUGAUUUGAAACCUAAUCUUAUUUAUGCGGAGGUUCUAACUGGCCCUGCCAGAGGUCAGAUUGUCUUCUUACCAAGGAUAGAUUUUUUUCCAAAUGACUCGGAACUCCCGUUUAAGCUCAAACGAAGACAGUUUUCUAUUAGAGUGGCAUUUGCUAUGACAAUCAAUAAAUCCCAGAGACAAACUUUAGAAAAAGUUGGGAUUUAUCUGCCACAAUCC